GUAUGCCCAGCCCUGGCCCGAAACGAUGGCUUCAUGCCGGUUCCUCCUGGCAGCACCAUGCCAAAAGUUUCUGGCAGGCCCUUCAAUGUCGUCCCUGGGAAGAACUACGUGAUCACGAAGGCGCGGGACCCAGACCGGGCGCAGCAUGCCUUCGCGAACCUGAUGUCGGCUUCCAAGGCCCACGCUGCUCCAUCGCUGUACGAGGAACUGUGCAUUGACAGCACGGAUGACUUCGGGGCGGACAGGCCUGAGCUCGCAGCUGUCGUCAAGUAUG